UUUAUCACCCACCGCCGCCCCUGAUUGGCCGACGGGACCGUGACGACACUGGGCGCUGGGCUUGCAGCGGAGGCCGGCGGCUGCUCGAACACGGGCCAGUGACGGCCGCGCCGCCGAGGGGGGAGUGCGGGGAGGGCACGGACCUCGUGCGGCAGAGCACUGGGAAAAUGUGAGCCCCAGUGUGACCAGUGUGGUGGGACGGGGUGCUGACGGAGAGGGCGAGAGAGCUGACGUGAGAUGAAGGUGGUCGCGGAUAACUGUAAGGCGCGCUGCGGGGCGGUGUGAUGCCUGCUCCCGUCUGGGUCGGACUGCUGCCGUUGGCGGCGCUGCUGUCCCUCUCCGCCGGGCUCUGUCCGCCGCGCUGCGUCUGUGACGACACCGCCCUGCAGGCCGACUGCUCCGGCGCCCAGCUGGACAGCUUCCCCAUCUCUCUGAACCCGCGCCUGCGGACACUGCUGCUGGCCAAGAACGGCAUCCUCAGACUGGAUCGCAGCAUGAUGGUCUCCUCCUAUAAGGAACUCGAGCACCUGGACCUGAGCGAUAACCGGCUAGAGAGCGUGGAACCGGGCAGUUUCGCGCAGCAGGGCCGACUGCACGAGCUGCGACUGGGUAACAACCGGCUGGCGCAGCUGGAGGGCAGCGAGCUGCAGGGGCUGCUCCAGCUGCGCGUGCUGGAUCUCAGCGGUAAUCAGCUGCAGGAGCUGCCGGCCGGCCUGCUGGAGCCGGUGUCGCUGCUGGAGGAGCUCAAUCUGGCCGAGAACCAGUUGCAGUGGCUGCCGGCGGCGAGUGUGGCCGGCGCCGUCAGUCUGCGCCGACUGAGACUGGCCGAUAAUCAGCUGCAGCAGCUGCCGGCCGCGGCGCUGGCGCAGCUGCCGCAGCUGCUCUCGCUGGACCUCUCGUUUAACCAGCUGCGGCGGCUGCGCGCAGGGGAGCUGGCUCAGACCCGGGCCGGUCUGGUACAGCUGAAUCUGGAGGGGAACCGGCUGGAACAGCUGGAGGAGGGCGCGUUCGACGGUCUGGGCCAGCUGCGGCGGCUGGUUCUCUCUCAGACCGGGCUGCGCCAGCUGGAAGGCGUGCUGUCGGCCUCACUGACCAGUCUGGAGGAGCUGUAUCUGAACCGCAACCCGCUGAGCUCGCUGGGCGCUGCGCCGCUGCGUCUGGUGCCCGGCCUGCGCCUGCUCUCCGUCAGCUCGUGCCAUCUGCUGGGCUCCGUGGACGCUGACGCGUUCAGCGGGUCCUCCAGCCUGGAGGAGCUGCUGCUGGAGGACAACCAGCAGCUGUCGCAGCUCCCCUCGGGGGUGUUCUUGCCGCCGCCGCGUCUGCGCCGCCUCAGCCUGCGCGGCUGCGCGCUCACCUCCCUCCCUGCCGACGUCUACCCCUGGCGAACGGUGCGCGCCGACCUCUCCGAGAACCCGUGGCGGUGCGACUGCGAGCUGCGCUGGCUGGCGGAGCUGCCGGCCAACGUCAGCACGGAGGGUGCUGUGUGCUCCGCGCCCGCGCCCCUCCGUGGGCACCCCGUGCGCGAACUGACGGUCGGCCAGCUGGGCUGUGAGAGCCGCAGUGACGCCGCGGAGAUGGCGCUUACGAUCGCCCUACCGUGUGUUCUGGCCUCGCUGACGCUGGCGCUGACGGCAGUGCUCGUCUGGAGGAGCCGACGCCGGCUCGGGAAGCGGCUGGACGUGUUUGGCUGGCGGACACGGCUGUCUCUGAGGCCGAGCAAGCCGCCGCCGCCGCCCGUCGGGGCCACCUCGACGUACUACUACAGGGAAAGGUUCAGCUCGGGUGGCGACGGCAGUGGCAGACUGGUGCCCGUCACAGAACUGUGAGAGAACACCGCGCUCAGAGGGACUGGAACAGUGAUCAGCGAUCUGGGUCGGAACUCAGGCAGUGGAUCUGUGUAUCAAAAGGUCGCUUGAUUGGGUGAAAUUUGUCAUUUUUAUUGACAAUGUAUCGGAGCAAGUGACCUAAUCAUCCUUAGAGGGCGACCCUUUGAUCUUUUAUACAUGCUAGCGACUUACGAGUAGUCGGCGCCUGGCUCACUGCCCAGUGGAUGUUUGGACUGACUUUGUGGUGAUCUUUUAGUGAUGUGCUGGUGACCUGGUGGUGAUGUGUCUUGUGCUGUCCCGUCAGCAGCCACAAGUGAGAGGACCGACCUUUGGUAGACCAACGUAAUGAGCUAGAGUGUGAUGCUGGUGAAUUUCGUUUAUAGUUGACUCGCGCUAUCGAAUUAUUAAGAAUGAAGGCUCAGCUCAUAAUUCUAGCUUCAAUAAUGUGAGCAAUCUUUUAUGAUGCAAUUUAUAAUAGCCAGCUGAAAGUCGGGCCAGAAAGGAAACCAUUAAAAGCCAUUAUAACUAUCGAAAAGUGAUGAUGGAUGAGAUCUGAGCUAGAGCUUCAAACAACAAAUGAAAUAGAAGUCGUCUAACACUGCAGGCGCGUUCUGAGUCAUCAAAUGUACCCGGCAGCUGAGGCAAGUAGCGAUAUCGCGUCCCCAUGGUAUCAGUGAAGGACGUGGGGACGAUCUCCAACUUGGUGAUCUGUAUGAUAUUGAUACGGACAAGUGGCCAGUGAGUGUUGUGAUACGAUCUCUGAAUCAGUUCCGUGAACUUGUAUCGAUAAGCAUCUGAUGAGUGGUGUGGGCGCAGUACGCUAGGUUAGCUUGUGCGUGAUUUAAGCCAACGUGUUUUUAUGUCCGUGGGCGCCGUUUUAUUUUACAAAGAUGUCGCAACGUCCCCGGAAGUGUUUUGAAAUCUGUCGUAAAUAAGUAACAUCCAUCCCUCAAAGUGUCUCUAUUCUGAUCUGGAAAAUUUGGUCCAUUAAUUCAGCGGUUACUUAUUGGCGUGAUACAUGUGUCCAUGAGAGUCCAAUGCGGAUGUCUCAGCGAGUCUAAGAAUGCAUCGCAGUCAGUCUGAGUUGGACAAAUGCCAGCCUGGCUCUAAUUACUCUGGUGCUCGAGCACAUAGGCAUGACAUGCAUGCAGCCAGGCACUAUGAAGGUUAGAAAAUGGAUGAACAAACGAACUCUAAGUCGUAUGACUCCAAGGGCGUGAUAGAAGUUCGUAAAAUCGGAGACAUUUGCUAGCAAUACCUAUGUUAUGAAAAGUGCAUGGCAUGCAACGCUCCUUGCAUGGUAAAGUGAGGACGAUUGGUGAGCAGCUCAUGCUACCCAUCCCUCGUCAUUGUGUUGAAAUCAGGAUAGUGAAUGCAUAUUGCAUGUCAUGUUUCCUACGGCUCACAGCACGGCUUUUCAGCAGGUGUCAAUACAUACCA